CCUGUGACAGAAAUACAAUGAGUUCUGGUGAUAAAUCUUCCUCCCGACCUGUGAGGGCGCUAAAGAACGGGAGGAGAAGUAUCUGGAAGGGCUGGCCUGACAGUUCGUUUCCGGGACCGGAAAGUGGGUCAGCCUGGAAGGAAGCGAGACUCUGUUGUAAGACCGUAUUGAUCUGACAGGUAAACAAGGGGCAGCUGCAAGUAAUAAGGCAGCUGCAACCGUUUACCUAGAUAUCAUGCGGGAUUACAUAUAGGGGCCAGGGUAACGCUGUUCUUUUCCUUCGUUUGGGUUAAGCCAAGGACCGAGAAGGACGGUAUAGAGUGAAGUACUGUAUUACUCUGUAAAGAGUUGAGUGUGUGUGUGUUUUUGUUUGUUUAUUGCUGUACAAUAACUGUCUGUGUUUUGAAACCACCAGACAGCUAAAGCACAUCCGGAGCUGUCGCCGUGGGCCAGCACAAACCGGAUCACCACCUCACAACUGUCACCGAAUAAAAAGUGUAUUCAUUCACCACCAGCACGACUGCACGCACCCGGGACGGGUGAACGUGUUUUUGUUUUGUUAUUCAGGACUGUAACCUGUCGUUUCAUCCCCGCGCUCUACACAUCGUUGUGUAUUGCCGGGGCUUAUUAUUUACGGUCGCUAGACCAGGAUUUAAAAUAAAUAAAAACAUUUGUCACUGGAUUACCGUUGUCUGCCUGUCACUCCUGCACCGCAUCACCGCUACACCUGUUCCCCUUACUAACCACUUUGCCACACGUGGUGUCAGAAGUGGGAUCAUGGACCGCAACGCACUGGCGGAGCUGCUGCAGGCGCUGGAGAGCAGGCGCGACGCAGAGGAGAGAAGGAGGGAGGAGCGCUACACGGCGCUCAUUGAACGGGUAGGGCUGGCCGUUGCUGCAGCGACGACCCCUACCACAACACCGCUGAUGUCGCCCCCGAAGGCACGGGCAAUGAAGAUGUCGGCGGAGGAUGACCCGGAGGCGUAUUUGGUGGCGUUCGAGCGGCUGGCUACCGCGGCGGCUUGGCCGCGGGAGUUCUGGGCCAGCCAGUUGGGACCCUGCCUGAUUGGGGAGGCUCAGGCAGCCUACCAAGCCAUGAGCGACCAUCACGCCACCGAUUAUGACUUGGUCAAGCAGGCUAUCCUCCGCCGGCUGAACAUCACCACGGAGACCCACCGGGCGCGAUUUAGGGAGUACCGGAGAGCCCCGGAGACACGCCCCAGGGUGGUUGCAGAGCGGUUGUGCGACCACAUGGUGCAUUGGCUGACCCCCGGGAAGAAGACCGCCCAGCAGAUGGGGGAAGCCAUUGUGGUAGAGCAAUUCUGCCAUGUGGUCGGCGCCGAAACCCAGGCGUGGAUACGGCGCCACAACCCCGACACCCUGGAGGAGGCGGUCAAACUGGCCGAAGACUUCGAGGACUCCCUGACCUCUGCCCGGAUCGGGAUCCUGUCGGCCCCUGCCCUUCGGAGCAGCAGACCUCUCCCUCCCUCUCCUCCAACACCACCACCACCACCCCCCACGUUCCAGGGACCCAGACCUCCCAGAGCACCGACCCCAUUGGGCCCCCUUGCCUCCCCCCCAUGGAGACCAAGGUUGGCCCCCAGCUGGGGUAGAGGUGCUGCCCCUGCCCCGUUGCCAUACCAGCAGCGGGACAGAUUUCUGACCUAUGCCCCCUCUGUCCCUCCUAUCUGUUUUAGGUGCCACCAGCCGGGACAUCUGGCCAGGUCAUGCCCCGCUGCCAUGGAGUGUGACGUGGCCGCGUGCAAUUGGGCACCUGAAACUGGUAAGCGUGGGGAAUAUGGUCGGGAGGGGCCUUGUUUGAUUAAUGUUGUGUUAGGGAAUGUGAAAACCCACGCAUUAGUGGACACAGGGUGUGAGCAAACCUUGAUUAGGACAGCUCUCCUGGGCGGUGUGUCGUGGCGGCCACGAGGUCAGGUGGCCAUCUCCUGUAUCCAUGGAGACACGGCGGCAUACCCCACAUUAAAAGUAUAUUUAUCGGUAGGACCGAUAAAACGUCACCUUGUAGUCGGGGUGGCGGAAAGGUUGCCACACCCAGUUAUUCUGGGUCGAGACUGGCCAAAAUUCAAAGAAUUGAUGCAAACAAUGGCAGUCUCAGCCACACACGUAAACGUGGCAGAAAAAAAAAAAAAAGAGGAACGAAUUGGUGAUGUGUUUCCUUUUCACACUGAAAUGUUUUCCCCUCUUUUCCGUCCUAGAAAAACAAAUAAGGAGAGACGGACCGCGAAAUGGGAGGGAGCAUUUGUGAGACAAGGCUGGGGUCUGGUGGGAGAGUGCUGCAAUGGUAACAAACGCCAGUCGAAGGGAGUGGGAACGCAGUGUGACCGAGAGAGCGAGGUUACUGGACCGACUAGAGCAGAGGUUAUUCCAGCCCCUCUCAAUGUACCGGACCCGUGGUACUCAAGCGCGGACCUAGUGUGGGGCCAACAAAACGACCCGUCACUGGUGCACGCUUGGGGGCAGGUCCGGUCCAUUGAAGGUAAGGAUGUUGACGGCGCUGGGGCGCUAGUAUAUCCACAUUUCAGUAUCAAGGGGCAAUUACUAUAUAGGGUAAACCUAGCCGCGGGCACAGGACAGCCUGUAACACAAUUGUUGGUUCCCCCGUCUUGUCGGACCGAGGUCAUGAGGCUGGCGCAUGAUAUCCCUUUUGCGGGGCACCUCGGAGCCGAGAAGACGAGGGAACGGAUAUUGGCUCGAUUCUAUUGGGUAGGUCUUCAUACUGAUGUGUCGAGAUAUGUAGCCACCUGCCCAGACUGCCAGCGAGUAGCGCCGGGUCGAGUGCGCCCCGCCCCUUUGGUCCCACUGCCGAUUAUUUCCACUCCUUUCGAGCGCAUUGCAAUGGACAUAGUCGGCCCUUUGCUACCUUCUGACUCCGGGUAUACGCACAUUUUAGUAGUGGUGGAUUAUGCAACGCGAUACCCGGAGGCAGUUCCAUUGAGGUCCACUAGUGCCGCUGCAAUAGCCACCGAGUUAGCACAGAUUAUGGCCAGAGUAGGGAUCCCCAAGGAGAUUUUGACCGAUCACGGAACUAACUUUUUGUCCAAUACGUUACAGCAGGUGUACAAAAUAUUAAAAAUACGUCCCAUCAGGACGUCCGUUUAUCAUCCACAAUCGGACGGUCUGGUGGAACGUUUUAAUCAGACCUUAAAGUCGAUGCUGAGGCGAUUUGUGACACAAGAGCAGAAACAUUGGGCAUCACUUCUCCCCUACCUCCUUUUUGCAGUGAGAGAAGUGCCGCAGAGUUCAACGGGGUUCUCCCCCUUUGAGCUCCUGUACGGCCGGCAGCCUCGCGGCAUUCUCGACCUGCUGAGAGAGGGGUGGGAGGAGCACAAAGGCUCGUCUAAAAAUGUAGUGAAGUAUGUGCUCCUACUCCGAGAUCGCCUGGAUUUGGUCGGUCGUUUGGCCCAAGACAACCUCAGAUCGGCUCAGCACCGACAAGAGCAGCAUUAUAACAAAAAUGCACGGAUUCGAACCUUUCGACCAGGGGACAAGGUAAUGCUGCUACUUCCCUCAUCAGAGUCAAAACUGUGUGCUAAAUGGCAGGGGCCGUAUGAGGUGAUUCGGGCUAUAGGGAAAGUAAAUUAUGAAAUUAGACAGCCCGAUCGCCGGAAUGAACGUGAAAUUUACCACAUUAAUUUGUUGAAGCCCUGGCAGGCAAGAGAGGUCUUAUUUAUAGCCCCAGGCAAUAUGGAGGAUGAUUUAGGUCCCUGUCCAGAGACCCCGAGCACAAGAGCGAUUUCGAUGGGGGAACAAUUAGUUCCGGAUCAGCAAAGAGAGCUGCGUAAGCUUAUUGAGGAGUUCAGCGAUGUUUUUUCUGAUGUGCCCGGCAGGACGAACUUAGUUGAAUAUGACAUUAUCUCUCCCCCAGGUGUCACAGUGCGAGAGAGACCGUACCGGAUCCCGGAAAGUCGACGAAGUGGCGUUCGCAAAGAGGUACGGGAUAUGCUCGAGCUUGGAGUGAUUGAACCUUCCAGGAGCGAGUGGUGCAGUCCUAUUGUAAUAGUGGCUAAGAAGGACGGCACCAACCGCUUCUGCGUAGAUUUCAGAAAGGUGAAUGCUAUUGCCAAGUUCGAUGCGUAUCCCAUGCCUCGGGUCGACGAACUUUUAGACAGACUGGGAAAAGCGAGGUUUAUUUCCACUCUGGACCUGACGAAGGGAUACUGGCAAAUCCCUCUAACCCGCAGCUCCAGAGAGAAAACCGCAUUUUCAACACCAGAGGGGCUGUUCCACUUUAAAACCAUGCCGUUUGGGCUACAUGGUGCGCCCGCUGCCUUUCAGAGACUGAUGGACCAGGUUUUACGCCCACAUCAUGAAUAUGCAGCAGCGUAUAUUGAUGACGUGGUGAUUUACAGCUCCACCUGGCGAGAGCAUUUGGCUAGGGUUGCAGCCGUUCUUCAGUCUCUAAGGGCAGCCCGGCUGACAGCUAACUUGAGAAAAUGUGCGUUUGCCAAGACAGAGACUCAAUAUUUGGGAUUUGUAAUGGGAAAUGGAAGGGUGAAACCUGUGGUCACCAAAAUCCAGGCUUUGGUUGAUGCAGCGAUCCCCAAAACCAAGACUCAGACAGCUAAAGCACAUCCGGAGCUGUCGCCGUGGGCCAGCACAAACCGGAUCACCACCUCACAACUGUCACCGAAUAAAAAGUGUAUUCAUUCACCACCAGCACGACUGCACGCACCCGGGACGGGUGAACGUGUUUUUGUUUUGUUAUUCAGGACUGUAACCUGUCGUUUCAUCCCCGCGCUCUACACAUCGUUGUGUAUUGCCGGGGCUUAUUAUUUACGGUCGCUAGACCAGGAUUUAAAAUAAAUAAAAACAUUUGUCACUGGA